CCGAAGUAGGACACACUGACGGGAUGUCAUCGACCAUGACGAUGUUAACGCCGUUCGCUUUUGCUUUUCUCAUCAACAGUUUUUUGCCUCCAGUGUUGCCAUCGGUCGUGCAAGAUUUUAACCACGUGGAGAGAUGCAAGGACUCCCUGUACAUGGGGACACCACCGCGGGGCAUCAGUGACAUGAGGCUGAAGAAGAUCUGCCAAAGAUACGCAGACAAACCUCGCUAUGUGACCCUGUACGACCCUCACAAGAGGAUUCCAGUUUACUCAGCGUAUACCUUCAAGAAAACGGAAGGAGACAGACGUGUGGACUACCCUUGGAUGUAUGAGCCACAGCUGGCAGAAAUCGAUGGCAAUGGAAACAUGCUGCCUUUCCCCACCGGCUACCUGCACAUGAAGUUUGAGGACAGCCAGGCCGUCCUGGACGACUAUUCUGACGUGGUUCUCUACGAGAGAGGUCACCUGAACCCAGACCAACACCAGUCCACUCCACAUGACCGGGCUGCCACUUAUACCCUGACUAACGUUGUCCCACAGAUAAGGCAGUUCAACAUUGGCCCCUGGCGCGAGUAUGAGGAGCGGAUCAGGGUCCGUCUCAACAACUUCUGCCGCGGAACUGCCUACAUCGUCACCGGCGUGACCACCAGGGGCAACAUGAUCCGUCGCAACAACCAGGACCGCGUGGCCAUCCCCGAGGAUGUGUGGUCCGCCUACUGCUGCACUGAGUAUGACCGCAACGCACCCCACGUUGUUCGCAUUCGUUUCCCUUCCCACGCAGCAUUGGCCAAAAAUAGCAAAGAGAGCAACAGUGUCCAUGAAAUGACGGUCCAGGAAUUGGAGUUCUAUCUGAAAAACCACAUGGAUGUCGACCAGAACCUGCAGCUCUUUUAUGACAACUGCAUCUCUCCUUCGCCACUUCCUCUUUACUUGCAACACACCAUCUAAAAGCUCUUUCAGUUAGAUAUUUUGUGUGCAUAGGCUGCUUUUUAUUGACAUGUGCUUUUUGUGCCACAUGACGUCUGAUCUGUCAGAAUUCACUGUAAAAUUUCCUUAUGGCUUAAUAAUUCUUGCAUCUCUUAAAACGUGUUUGAGUCUUUGAUGACAACCUUUUUGCUCUUAAUAUCUUACUUCAUGAAAAAAUAAUCAAAUGUAAGCAUAUGACGGGCAGAAUAGUUAAACAAAUGUGGCAGGUUAUGCAAAUUGGCUCAAUAAAAUAUCUUAUUUUGCUGACCUGUACAUCUGUACAUUUUGCAAUGUUUUGCAUAUUAUGCUACAUACUAAACUUGUUUCAAACAUAAU